AGGGCAAAAUGUCCGGGGGCAAAUCGAAAAGUCCAUCUGGUUGCCUUACCCCCCUAUCAUUCAAAGAUCCGCUCCCAAUUUGAUAGCUCGUCCUAAAACCCUAGGCAGCCCCUCUCGAAACGAUCAACGCACGCAAUGCCCUUGGGUUCAUCACCGGCUUUCUUGCAUGAAGACGAGGAAGUCGAUGGCCGGACGAUGAAGUACCUCCCCAUUGACCGCCUCUACUCUUCCACCUCCCCGUGCAUAAACCCUAGCGGAUCCUCCAGCGUCAUGUCCAAAAAGGUCAAGGCUCGAAAGCUCAUCGAAGAAGAGGAUGAGGAGGAGGAGAAGGGAGAAAAGAUGAUGGUGAAGAAAGAGCCGUUCCUUCUUGUUUAUAGAAGGCGCAAUAAGAAGAAGCCUAGGCCUUGUGAUGAAAGAAGUGAAGGAGAUCAUCAUCAUCAAUCUGGUGGCGAUUCUAGAAAAAAGGCGAAGAAGAACUAUGAGCUUCUCAGUUUGGAUUCCUCUGGGAUCUCUGGACCUCGGCAUCUAAGAAGAAGUGGGGGGUUGAGCAGAAAGGGCAAAGAGUCUGAUAUUGGGUGUAGAGGUCGUUGUCCAGGAUCAUCCAAAGAGUCAUCGUCUGCUUUUUCCAGGACGCAGCGAUGGGUUGAGUUGGAUUUUGAUGGGGUGGAGCCAAAUGUGUUUGUGGGAAUGACUUGCAAGGUGUUUUGGCCAAUGGACGACAACUGGUACAAGGGCUCUGUGUCCGGGUACAAUUCAGUAACAAGGAAGCAUUGUAUUGAGUACAAUGAUGGUGAUGUUGAACAUCUUAGUCUUACGGAUGAAAAGAUUAAAUUUCACCUAUCUACCGAAGAAGUUCAACACUGGAAUCUGAAGUAUGAUGUUUCAAGCAGGGAGAAGAAAGGACUCAACUAUAAUGAAAUGCUGGCAUUGGCUGCCAGUUUUGAUGACUGCCAAGACCUGGAACCUGGCGAUCUUGUUUGGGCCAAGCUUACUGGGCAUGCUAUGUGGCCGGCUGUCAUUGUUGAUGAAUCAAAUAUUGGAGAGAGAGGGGUCCUACAAUUAGUACGACAUAAUCAAUCGGUUCUUGUACAAUUUUUUGGAACACAUGAUUUUGCAAGGAUUAAUUCGAAGCAGGCUAUUCCAUUUCUUAAUGGUCUUCUUUCUUCUUUGCAUCUGAAGUGCAAGCAAACACGUUUCGGUCGAAGCUUAGAAGAAGCUAAAGAGUAUCUCAGGGACCAACAACUUCCAGAGACAAUGCUGCAAAUGCGAAAAAGCAACAGUGCUGAAGGUAGUUGGGAUUAUUCUAGAGAGAAGGAGGAAAGGAUUUACUCUUGUGAAGAUCAUGGGGAAGAUAUGAUGCAAAAAACAGUUGAAUGCAACAGUACAUUACCACUGGAAAUUGGGAACCUUCGAGUAACUAGCUUAGGAAAGGUUGUAUGUAAUUCAAUGCAUUUCCAUGACAAGAAACACAUCUGGCCAGAAGGAUAUACUGCCUUCAGGACGUUUACAUCGAUGAGAGAUCCAAGCAUGGAAACGUCAUAUAAAAUGGAAGUUUUGAGGAAUCCAAAAGUUAAAAGUCGGCCUCUUUUUCGGGUUACAUCUGAUGAUGGACAACAGAUUGAUGGUCCAAAUCCUUCUGCUUGUUGGAAGGAAAUUUAUGAGCGAAUCAGACAAAGUCAGAACAAUCUUAAUGCUGAAGCCCAGCUCCUUGACGUUCAAAGUCCUGGGUCUGAGAUGUUUGGCUUCAAAAAUCCAAAAGUAGCAGAGCUUAUUCAGGACUUGCCAAACGCUAGAUUUUGCUCAAAAUAUUUCAAAAGAUGUGGGGAUUUUCCUGAAGGUUUUAGAGCAGUUCAUGUUGACUGGAAUGAUCUUGACAGGUGUAGCGUAUGCAAUAAUGAUGAGGAGUAUGAAGAUAAUCUGUUCUUGCAGUGUGAUAAAUGUCGCAUGAUGGUCCAUGCUAGAUGCUAUGGUGAAUUAGAGUCUUUAGAUGGAGUUCUUUGGUUCUGCAACUUAUGUCGUCCUGGGGCACCCAAAUCACCUCCACGAUGCUGCCUUUGUCCUGUUACAGGUGGUGCACUAAAACCUACCACUGAUGGGCGUUGGGCACAUCUGGCAUGUGCUAUAUGGAUUCCUGAAACUUGCUUGGUGGAUGUGAAGAGAAUGGAGCCUAUUGACGGGCUGGCCAGAAUUAAUAAGGAUCGAUGGAAGCUUUUAUGUAGCAUUUGUACUGUUGGUUAUGGAGCCUGCAUUCAGUGUUCACAUUGUACCUGUCGUGUGGCAUAUCAUCCUCUUUGUGCACGGGCAGAAGGUCUUUGUGUUGAGCUUGAAGGUGAAGACGGAACCCAUUUGAUGUCAUUUGAAGAGGACGGACAGUGCAUUCGGCUACUAUCCUUCUGCAAGAAACACAGGCAGACUGGUAAUGAUGGGAAGCAGGUUGAUGAAAAUGUGGUCUUGCUUGAUCAGUGUGCUUCCAAAUAUGUCCCUGCGUCAAAUACAUCUGGCUGUGCCAGAACUGAACCUUAUAAUUUAUUUGGGAGAAGAGGAAGGAAAGAACCCCAAGUCCUUGCUGCUGCAUCGGUGAAGCGAUUAUUUGUAGAGAAUAUGCCUCACCUGGUCCGUGAUUAUUAUCAAAAUGGAGUCAACCUUGGUUUUCAUGGUGAUGAAUCUCAACUUCUUCUACUGCCUGGUGCUUCAAAAGGUGGAAUUCAGCAUGUUGCUUCUGCAAAUAUUUCUUCAAUGGCUGAAAAGUACCACAAUAUGAAGAUAACCUUCAGGAAAAGAUUGGCAUUUGGUCAGCAAUCCAUUCAUUAAAAAGCAGCUUUGAUAUAUACUGUUCAAUUGGAUCAGUCAUAUAUGUUUUUUUACAUUUUCCCUGGCAUAGCUUGUUAAUGAU